CCCGCGGAUUGCGCAAUGGCACUUCAGCCGAAUCAAGAAUUAAAGCUUGACCUGCCACAGGAGCAAGGCUUUUUGAGUUACUUCAGGUCACUGCCAGAGAAAUCUUCAACAACUCUACGUUUCUUUGAUAGGACGGAAUACUACAGCGUCCAUGGUCAAGAUGCUGUGUUUGUGGCAAAGGAAGUGUUUAAGACUACAUCCGUCGUCAAAAUGCUGGGAUCCGGUGAAAGAAAGGUGGAGAGUGUUACAUUGAGUCGUAUGAAUUUCGAGUCCUUAGUGCGAGACCUGCUCCUGGUUCGUCAGUACCGCGUCGAGGUGUACAAGAACAAGGGAGGGGCCAAGAACAAUGACUGGAGUCUGGGCUUCAAGGCGUCUCCUGGCAACCUUACCCAGUUUGAGGACAUUCUAUUCGGGAGCGUAGAUAUGGCCAACUCUGUGGGCGUCAUUGGGGUGAAGCUGGCAGCUGACAAGCUUGUGGGUGUCGGGUAUGCUGAUGCCACCCUGAGGAAGUUUCUCGUCACCGAGUUCACAGACAAUGACCAGUUCUCAAACCUUGAGGCGUUGUUGGUACAGUUGGGACCAAAAGAGUGCCUUAUAGCAUCCAGCGACGUGAGUAACGAUGGCGGGAAACUGAAAGAAGUGCUUGAACGCAGUGGGGUCAUGAUCACGGAGAGGAAAAAAAGUGAGUUCAGCAGUAAGGACAGCGUACAGGACAUGAAUCGACUACUCAAAGUGAAGAAAGGAGAACAAGCGAACGCAGCUGCUCUUGCUGAAAUAGAGAAGCAGCAGGCAAUGUCUGCGCUUGGGGCCGUCGUCCACUACUUAGAGCUCCUCUCAGAUGACACAAACUUCGGCCAAUACACACUCACAACCUUUGACCUUGGCCAGUACAUGAGGCUGGAUGCUGCCGCUGUCCGGGCACUCAACCUGUUACCCAAUACUCUCGAAGGAGGGAACAAAAACCAGUCUGUCCUAGGAUUGCUGAACAGGUGUAGAACUGCUCAGGGUCAGAGGUUACUGGGGCACUGGGUCAAACAGCCUCUCGUGGAUAUCAACAAGAUUGAGGAGCGUUUGAACAUUGUUGAGGCCCUGGUCGAGGACACUGAGCUACGACAGACACUUUACGAGGACCAGUUACGCAAGAUUCCAGACUUCCAGAGGCUGGCCAAGAAGUUUCAGAGAAAGAAGGCCAACCUUCAGGAUGUGUACCGGGUGUAUCAAGCCAUUGACAAGAUGCCAUACCUGCUGGAGACUCUGGAACGCACAGACAGCCAACAUAAGACACUGCUCAUGCAUGUCUUCUCAAACCCUCUGAAGGAGAUGUUAAUGGACUUUGCCAAGUACCAGGAGAUGGUUGAAGCCACUAUGGACCUGAGCCAGGUGGAGAAUCAUGAGUUUGUGAUCAAAGCCGACUUCGAUGAAGGCCUCACUGCCCUCAAAGAGCGGAUAGACUCACUGGAGGAGAGUAUUAAAGGACAGAUGAACAAGGUGAGUCGGGACCUUGGAUUGGAACCUAACAAAGUCUUAAAGCUUGAAAGCAGUGCACAGCUGGGGUACUACUUCCGUGUGACCUUGAAAGAGGAGAAAGCCCUCCGUAACAACAAGAACUACAUCACCAUAGAUACGAAGACCAACGGGGUCCGCUUCCAUAACAAGGCGAUGGCCGAGUACAACAGGGAGUAUAUUGGGGCGAAGGAGGAGUAUGGUGAACAGCAGAAGAGUGUUGUCGCUGAAGUCGUCAACAUUGCUUCGGGCUAUGUGGAGCCGAUGUUACUGAUGAACGAUAUUCUUGCCCAGCUUGACGUGCUUGUCAGUUUUUCCCAAGUGUCCACGUGUGCGCCCAUACCUUACAUACGGCCAACAGUCAGGGAGAAGGGUAGUGGGGUUAUCCGAUUGACGGAGGCCAGACAUCCCUGCCUGGAGAUGCAGGAUGAUAUUGCCUUCAUUCCUAAUGACAUCUCUUUUGAAGAGGGUAAACAGAUGUUCCACAUUAUAACCGGACCAAAUAUGGGAGGAAAAUCUACAUACAUCAGAUCUGUAGGUGUGGUUGUAUUGAUGGCCCAGCUGGGCUGCUUUGUGCCCUGCAGCGAGGCAGAAAUCUCUAUAGUGGACAGUAUCCUGGCACGGGUCGGGGCUGGUGACAGUCAGCUGAAAGGCGUGUCAACUUUUAUGGCCGAGAUGCUAGAAACUGCGGCCAUACUCAGGUCUGCUACUGAGGAUUCUCUGAUCAUUAUAGAUGAGCUAGGCAGAGGAACCUCAACAUACGAUGGCUUUGGCCUCGCCUGGGCAAUCUCAGAGCAUAUAGCAACAAAGCUGAAGUCAUUCUGCCUGUUUGCGACCCAUUUCCACGAGUUGACGUCAUUGGCUGACCAGGUGCCGACAGUGAACAAUCUCCAUGUGACUGCUCUUACCACCAAUGACACGCUGACGUUACUGUACAGGGUCAAACCAGGUGUGUGUGACCAGAGUUUUGGAAUCCAUGUUGCAGAACUAGCCCACUUCCCUAAACAUGUGGUGGAGUUCGCUCGAGAGAAGGCAUGUGAGCUGGAGGACUAUCAGUGCGUCAGUCUCACGGGAACUGAUCUCGAGGGAGACGGGGAACCAGCAGUGAAGAAACGUAAACUUGUCAAACAGGAGGGUGAGGAGUUGAUUUCUGGGUUCCUGUCUCAGGUGCGGGCACUGCCCAUGGGCUCAUUGUCGGACCAAGAACUGGAGGAGAAAGUGGCAGCAUUGAAGGCUGACGUGCUGGCAAAGAACAACUCGUACAUCGCUGAUAUACUGGCCAGGAAGGCUUGAAACCUUAGAACCAAUUGCAUGCAUCAUUUGGACAACCCAUGAGACCAUCAUCUACAUUGUACAAACAAACUAUGAUUCGCCAACAUCCGGGCCUUGAAGGCUUGAACUCUUUCGAUGUUUCACAUCAUGCACAUUGAAUGAACAAAUUUUGUAUGACAAGCAUGUAAAUUCUGGACAAAACUGUGUAUGCCUGAUAUUGUACAAACCUGUAUGUUUAGCCUACACCCUGGACUUGCAGGCUUGAACUAUUGCGAUGUUUCACAUGUCAUGAACAUUGUAUAAACAUAUCGUGUAUGACAAACAUACAUGUAAAUGCAGAUCAAAACUUUGUAUAGCUGAUAUUGUACAGACCUGAAAUUCCUCACAUGUACAUAGUUGACGUGUACAUAGUUGACAUACCGUACUAACAGGAUUGCUUAACUUCUUGAGACAUUGUAUGUAUGCAUCAAUUGUAUAAAAGUCUGAUAAGUUGUUUACAGGUUAUCUUUUGGCUAGUUCGGUCAUUAAAAUGAUUCGAUUGGUUAGUAGUUCUUAUUGGAUAAGUAUCGACCAAUCAAACACAUAUUGGAUAACUUUGACCAAACCAAAAAGUUAACCAAUUUUAUAUAAUUGCCAACAUUGAAAACUUUCCAAACAAUAUUUUGAUUUCAACAAUCUGAACAACUACAAAUAUAAUCGAAGUUUUCUUUUGGAUGAACAAGCCCAAUUUCAUUAUAAACUACUGCUUGGCAUCACAUUUUUGAGCAAGCCCUGCUGUAUAAAUCCCAGAAUUUGAGUAAGCCCGGAAAGCAUUUUACCAGUGCAGGGCUUACGGGCUUGUGCUAAUUUCAACCACUUGUACAUGUACUUCAAACCAUUGUUAUUUUGUGCUUCUACAGAUCCAUCUAAGUGUUUAUUGCAUGAUAGUGCUAAUUAUUAGAAAAGUCUGUGUGUCCUGAUUUUAUGUUUUUAUGCAUGUAUACAUGUGACUAAAUAAACAUGUAUAUUAUGGAUAAAUACUGAAUAACAUUGUACUAUCAGUAUACUUCUAUCAUAACUCAUUACACAUAACAAUUCAUAUCCAUGGUAUGCUGGGCUUGUAUAAAAAUUCAGGACCUUGUUUCAAUAAAGAUUUGAAGGCUUAAGAUCGUCAACUUUCAGGUGUAACCCUGUUUGGGCGUAAAUUGUAACACUGUUUUGGGCGUUAAUUGUUUGUUACCCCAUUUUGGGCAUAUAUUGUGUGUGGCCCCAUUUUUGGCGUAAAUUGUGUGUAACCCCGUCUUGGGCGUAAAUUGUGUGUAACCCCAUUUUGGAGUAAAUUGUGUGUUACACUGUUUUGGGGGUCAAUUGUGUUUCAAUAAGAAAAAAAGAAAGAAUAGAUCCUGCCUGUGACUGUAGGGGAAUCCCGAGAACUCUUAAGCAGCGUUAUAUUUACGGCUUAGAUAUCUUAUUGAAACAGGGCCCUGGGUGUACUGACAUUAUGCUUCUAUUAUAAUUCAUUAGAGAUAAAUGAUAUCAUAUUCUUGUACAGGGUAUGUUUGGUUAAAAACUACAAUUUUUUAUGUAUAUGUGCAUUUGUCCGUACACUUGUUUUGGGCUAUUCCUGGAAAGGUAUACAUAAAACUUCUUAUUCAAGUCAUUUCUUAACCAAGGCUAAGUCAAUAUCCUAAAUCGUUCAUACAGGUCAAAUUACAAGAAAGUAGACGUGUUAAAGCUGCAUUCUCACAGAUUUACCGUUUUGACAACUUUUUAAUUUUUUGGUCUCGAAAUGAGCCAAUUUUUGCGUAAAUAUCUGCAAACCAGGGAUAUAAGACUGCUGACAAAAGAUUAGAUCGCAGAUUUUCAUAUUUCCGUUCGAAAAGUAAUGUUUUAUGUCUAAAAACUUUACUAGCUGUUUAAGAAAUAUGCUUAAAACAUCAUUCUUUAACUUUACUAUGAAAAUCUGUGAUCUGAUGUUUUGUCAGCAGUCUUUUAUCACUGGCUUCCAUGCAUUUUCGCAUAGAUUGACUCGUUCCAAGACACAAAAUAAAAAAAAACUGUCAAAACGUUAAAACUGAUAGUGCAGGUUUAAAGUGUUUUUAAUGUAAAAGUAUAUAUUUUUGAUGAAAAUAAAGUAUUUCAGAUAUUUUAAGUUAUUAUAUCAUUUAAUUAGAGAGAUACACAAGUUUUGAAAAUAACUUAUAAAUGAGAUGUUUUAUGACUACUGGCAGGAUCUAUAGUUGUAUAAAACCAAAAUUAUUUGUAUUUUUAUUCCUCUUGUUUUGUAUCAAAUUAAAGAUGAAACUCA